AUGGAUGCCGGCCGGCGAGUUGAAGUUGCAACCGAUAAGAGCCAUAUCAAGGCAAUAGCAAUCGUCUGUGCGACUAUGGAAAAGAAUACUGAAGUAUUGUCUUUCAAAGAUCAGGAAAAGGAGAAGGAGCAAGAGAGACCUUGGUGUGAUCUCCCUCUUGACCUUCUAAGUUUAAUAAUAUCUAAUCUCUUUGCUGGAGAUUGUAGUGCCUUCAAUAUGGUCUGUAAAUCAUGGCGACCAAUUACUCCUGCCAUUAGACCACUCCCACCUCCUAUUGGUUCCCCGCAUUGCCAGUCUCCAUGUCUUUUGUUCUUCCAAAGAAGUAGCCACAAAUGCAAAUUGUUUCAUCCUCUGUAUAAUGACUUCUAUCAUAUGGAGCUCCCAGAGAUAUUAGAUGCAAAAAUGCGCUUCUCAAAGUACGGUUGGUUGUUGAUGUCCAGAGAAGACCUAAGUGUGUUUUUCUUCAAUCUCUCCACGAAAGUGACGAUAGAACUUCCCAAGAUGCCAUCUCCUUUUGGAUUUGCUACAAUGUGUUUUACCUCUCCACCAACUUCCUUGGAUUGUGCAGUUGUUGGGUUUAAUGGCAUUGGCAUCAUUGAGAUUAGCAUUAUUAGACGUGGAGAAGACAGUUGGACUACCCACGAAUUUAGUAAAACUCGGGAGGAAUUCUACUUCUCUGAUUGUAAUCCUGUAUUUCACAAAAGAAUGUUCUAUUGUUUGGGUGUGAAUGGGAAUGUGGGGAUAUUUGAUCCCAGGGACGAUGCACGCCGCCGCUGGACUAUUCCUGUUAAGUGCCUUACACAUUGUGGACCCGAUUUGCCCGACAAGCUCGGUUUGCCUAAGCAGAGCUUCUUGGUGAAAAUAGGGGGAGUGAUUUCAGCCGUGUUUGUUGCUCAUGAAGAGAGACAGGAAGCAUCUCCAGAGGAACGUAAAAUUCAAGUUUGCAUGAAUGUGUAA